CAGCGGAGGAAAGGAGAGGACAGAAGGCGGCAGAGCGACAAAUACUGCCCCAAUUAACCCACUAUUUUGAAAACACACACGAAAUACAGCCAAGAUGUCAGAGGAAAAGCCAAAGGAGGGAGUGAAGACCGAGAACGAUCACAUCAACCUCAAGGUUGCGGGACAAGAUGGGUCAGUGGUCCAGUUUAAAAUCAAAAGGCACACGCCGCUCAGCAAGCUAAUGAAGGCGUACUGCGACCGACAGGGCCUCGCAAUAAGGCAGAUCAGGUUCAGGUUCGACGGCCAGCCGAUCAAUGAGACGGAUACACCUGCACAGCUGGAGAUGGAAGAUGAAGACACCAUAGAUGUUUUCCAGCAGCAGACAGGCGGGCACUGUUAAGCCCCCCCCACCUCAUUGACGACCACCCUCAGACCACGCCCUCACCCACUUUCACUGUCUCUCCCCAUCGCUCCCCUCAGCUUAUUAUUAUUAUUAUGAGAAUUAUUAUUAUCAUAAUAAUAAUUAUUUCUUCAGUUCCGAGAUAUCUGUCAUGGUUUUUUCGUCAGGUGUGUGGGGGAAGGGGGCUCCUCAGCUGUUUAUGUAUCGCUCAGCCAGGACUGAACUUUUGUGCGUGUCAACAACAGUCUCUCCGCUGGCCAAUCAGGACGACAGUUCCUUCUGGCGACGCAGGCUGCGAUUGGACCGACGGCACGGCACAGCGGUUCCCGGUUUGUCAGCGAUUCUCAUUCACUCUCCAGUGAAAGCUUAGUAUCCGGUAGUUUGUCACGGUUUUCAUCCAGCGGGGUCAAAUGCGAGGCUCUGUCAGUUUUUGUACGGGGUCCCAGUCAGUGGGCACGAGAACGGUUUGAAGUGGAGCACGAUCUGAACUUAACCUUCCAUUUCACUUCGCUUUGAUGUGUUUGUUGCCUGACUGGCGGCUCCUGCUCUCCUGUCAAACAUGUAUUUUAAUUCUCUCUACAUUUAAGGUGCUUUUGCUAAAGAGUCCCGCAAUGCUUUUGUAUUUUUAUUUUUGUUUUCAUUUCUCUUUUAACAAUUAACAACCGGGGAGCUUGUUGAUUUUCUUGUACAGAAGUAUCAGAAUGAGCGUUUAGAUAAAAGUUGGGUUGCUUGGAACAAUACUCCAAAGACCGAACUUCUGUUUCAUAUUCGAUGUACUUGGAUCACACUAAAAGGCAAACUGCAAGGUCAAAACAGUCUAAUUUUAAUGGAGUUUGUAUUUCAUUGGUGUUAUUUGCUUCCUCUUUGACUUCUACUAAUUAAGAACGGUUGUGGGUAUCCGUGGUACAGACUUGUAUUCGCUCAUCCAGACAAAUGCCUGUUUAAGGGAGAGAAAUGUAAUUUAUCCUUUGAGCCCGUACGGGUCCAACUGUAAGAUAAGUCUUGAUGUAGAAUACAUAACUCUGUUUUCUGAUUAAGCAGGCCAGUGGCCAGUCCUUGCGCUCUUCUUACAAGUGGCUCUGCUGGUGGGUUUUACAUUUUGGGGAUCGAAAUGUCAUUCCUCGAUGCUGUUUCAUCUCUGUAUUGUCCCUGCGAAUGUGGGCUGAGGGGUCAAUGAUUCUACAUCCAUUUGAAGAGGAGCUGAUUCCAGUUGAACAGAUGUCCAACAUGUCAGAAUGUUUUUUUGUCAACACGAUUUGAAGACACUUUUCACUGCCACGGUGUUUCCGUGUGUGUGCGUGUGUGUGUGUGUGUACAAGGCAGAUAUUUCAGGCCAGUGUUUCAAAAGCCCGUCUGCAGUGCUGCAAACGUUGAGCUCCCAAGUAGUGACAAGUGGCUUCAAUAUUUUACAGUUCCGACUAGGAUGCAUGCGUUUUGUUGCGUAACGUGAGGGCGAGGAGGCCGACCCAUGGCGCCGGGAGAAUCGUGCUCUGCCCACACGGCCCCGUUCUUUGUGCGGAGAUAACCGAGUCGGCUAAAUUCGAUUGAUGGCUGGACACAAACUCGCUUUAAAAAUAAGUUUAGCCAGGAUUUCCUGCGUGUAAAGUAAGAAGUCCUUGCCCUCAAAUCCUGCAACGGUGAAGCUUUAUUCAAACUUGAGCUGGACCAUGAGAACCCGUGAGUUUAUUUUCAGAUGAGGCGACAUCUUCGGGGACACCGAUCAGUCAUCGCUGAACGAGGUUUGAGUGAAGUCUCGCACAACUAAAAAGUAAUGCGUCUGCAGAGGAUGAAUCGAACUUUGUUUGGCUCACUGAGUUCGACUUACCCUGAAUUCCUAUUCAACAUAAAUGUUACAUACAUAUUAACUACUGCCAACUGCGAAAAUAUGUCCUGUCCACUGGCCCCAAUAAAUAUUCAAUUUACAAUUAAGGACUUUCCAUAUCUUCAUUUCCACAGUCAUGAACAUCGAGCAUGAGACUUGAGUUUCCAUAGAACAAUCCAUCUGAGAGCGGCUCCUCUCGGGGACGUGUCUCUGCACACGCCGGGCACCAUCCUGGUUUCAGCUUUCCAGCCUCGCAAAACAAGAGCACAGUUAUCAAGACGGCCUUCCAUUUGAACAACCGGGUUAACGUGACGGAUCUUUGGCGCUGGCUAACAUCCGAGCUCAGCCAUGUCGUGUACGAAGAAUGGGGCCCGCAUCUUGUCAUGUUAUUUGUUUCUCUACUGAUUUGUACAUUAUUUGUGGUCUUUUACUACUGUAUACAAUAAAUAUAGUUUGGUACUCAGA